UAUCAGCAUGAUGAAGAAUUGAUUGACCAUGGUUGAUAUUGAGCCUAUUUACAUCAGCUGUGGGUGUAACAGAACACCGCAGUGUGUUGAUUGGUCGUCUUCAGGGAAUGUCUGCUAUGGAGCUUGUCAUGCCGUAGUGAUUUACCAUCCAGAAGGCUAUGCAGAGGGACAUGGUACUAUCUCUCAUACCCUAGUUAAACAUACUGGUCGAGUUAACUGUGUCAAAUGGAUUCGAAAUACAAAUGCAUUCGCAUCUGAUAAAUGUUUUGUGUCGGGUUCCGUGGAUAAAACAGCGAUUGUCUGGAAAAAGUGUGGUGUUGAUCAGUAUGACCCUGUAGCAGUACUUGAUUUUCACUCUGGACCAAUCACAACAGUGAAUGGUAUAGAAAUUACCAAUCAGAAUGUGACUUACAUUGUCACAGGUGCAACAGAUUCUCAGUUAAUGAUAUGGAAGGAUUCUGGAACAAAUGAUUUCACUCCCUUACAGUGUCUCAGUUUUGGGACAGGCUUUGUACUAGAUGUCUCUCUUGUCUGUCUACCAUCCACAGGAAUUCCUCUUUUGGCAUGUGGAUGUGAUGACCAUAAAAUUCAUUUAUAUAGCUUACAGGAUGACUGUAAAUUAUUCCAGCUUUUUAACAAGGUGAUCUCCCUCCAAGGACAUGAAGACUGGGUGAGAGCAGUGGACUUCUGUAUUGAGGAUAAUGGAGAUGUCAUGCUGGCCAGUGCAGGUCAAGAUUACCUCAUCAGAAUCUGGAGGUUGUCACGGCGACAGGCAGGAAUCGAUGAUGUGAACAAAUCUGUGCAGGAGUUGUCCAUAGAUGAAGAGAUCAAAAUUAGGGAAAACACCUUUUCAUUUAUAUAUAAAGAAAAGAAGCAUACUUUCGCAGUGAGUCUGGAAUCUGUGUUAAGUGGCCAUGAGAACUGGAUUUACAGUAUUCGAUGGCAACCUCCUGUUGUCACAGAAACAUCCAGUCACCAACCAAUGAAAUUGCUCUCAGCUUCCAUGGAUAAGACAAUGAUCAUCUGGAUGCCUGAUCCAGAGUCAGGGGUGUGGAUUGAACAAGUACGAGUAGGAGAGGUGGGCGGGAACACCUUGGGACUGUAUGGAGGAAUGUUUGCACCGGAUGGCAGGUCCAUUAUUGCCCAUGGUUACCAGGGUGCCUUCCAUCAAUGGUCAUAUAAUGAGAGUAGUAACCAAUGGCGGCCAGUGGUCACUGGCAGUGGUCAUUUUGAUGAAGUGGAGGACCUAGGCUGGGACACAGGGGGUCAGUUCGUGGUGACCGUCUCCAAGGACCAAACCACGCGACUUCAUGCUCCAACAAUACACCAACAAGGAAAGGAGAUUUGGUAUGAGAUAGCCCGUCCACAAGUGCAUGGUUACGACCUUCAGUGUUUAACCAUCAUCAAUCGGUACAAGUUUGCCUCGGGUGCCGAUGAGAAAGUGAUAAGGGCAUUUGAAGCGCCGAGAAAUUUUAUCGAGAAUUUCUGUACCCUGUGUGGUAAAGACUUGAAGAGAGAACUCCAAAAAGAGGAGGCUCAAAAUCGCCCAGAGGGAGCAAGUGUCCCAGCCCUGGGGCUUUCCAAUAAAGCUGUGUUUGGAGGGGAGAAGAUUUCCGCUGACCGGGAGAUGCAGCCCCACCCUAAUGACCAAUACCCAGAGGUUUACUUCUCACCCAUGACACUGACAGAGCCUCCCACAGAGGAACAACUUCUACAGAACACACUGUGGCCAGAGACCCAGAAACUGUAUGGACACGGGUACGAGAUCUUCUCUCUCGCCAGUGAUCCCACCGGUAAAAUCUUGGCAUCAUCCUGCAAGGCAGCUAAAGCAGAGUUUGCAGGGAUUAUUCUCUGGGAUACAACUAACUGGAUACAGUUAUGCACCCUGAGUGCUCACACUCUCACUGUAACACAGAUGGCGUUCUCACACUGUGGUAACUUUCUGUUGUCUGUAUCAAGGGACAGAACCUGGGCAGUGUACAACAAAAAGUCACAUGAUCAGCCUGAGUCUGAUCCUCUGUUUACAAAGUUGUUGGGAACAGACAAAAAAUCUGCAGUACACUCAAGGAUUAUCUGGUCCUGUGCCUGGAGCCCAGACAGUAAAAAUUUCUACACGGCAUCUCGGGACAAAAAGAUAAUUGUUUGGCAGAACCCAGGUCUUUGUGAAGAUCCCAGCUCUGCCCUUCAACCUGUGGACUCGGUCACUUUGUCUGAUUCAGUCACCGCAAUAGAUGUUUCUAGGAACUCACUACCUGAUAAAAGACAUCUUGUGGCAGCAGGUCUGGACAAUGGAAGAAUCUCUCUUUACACAUGGGGACAGACUUCAAAUACGUCAGAUAAGUGGCAGCUUGUUACAGAACUGGAUCAGGGAAUUUCACAUCAUUUGACAGUGAAGAGAAUACAGUUUUGCCCACAUCUGAAAGACAAUAAUAUUCAGCAAUUUGCUAGCUGCAGCUUAGACCAUUGUGUAAAAAUUUACAAAAUAGACUACAAUAAAUUGUAAAUGAUUUGCUUCAA